AUGUCUUACGAACAAAUUAUGCUUGUUUUUGGACGAUCCAUACCAGCUCUCACGCGGAAGCUGCACCUCUCCAGACUGGAGGAGUGUGAAUUGCCCUACGAUAUGUAUUCUGGCGCCGCUGUCGUCCCAUUGGAUACGCCCGGCCGAGAGACUAAAUAUUGUUGCAAUUCCUUGUUCGCUAAUAUAACAUCCGGGGACCUGAUAUGCGGUUAUGUCAAAGAUUUGCCACAAACACCUUUUACAGUUGCUAGCGGUACCGCCAUCCCUGGUGUUGCGGCUCUAUCAGACUUGGUGAAGAGGUCCAAUGAUACUUCCCCUACAGUGACGAAUGAUACCAAUACCACCAGAAAUGACUCAUGUAUAAUGAGCAAUAAUUCUAAUAACUUCAAUGAUUCCAACGAUUCCAACGACGUGGCGAUAGGAGCAGGAGUUGGUGUCCCUCUUGGUGUAAUUGCUUUUCUCUCUAUUGGCUGGGCUCUUUGGGAAAGGAGAAAAAGAAAGCGCGCGUCUAUUCUGACCGAACCGGUCCACAUGCAGUCACUUCAUCCAUAUCAACCUGUUACCAAUGAUCGCAAUUUUGGGGUGAGUGAGCUGAGUGCAAAUACAGCCAAACCGGCCGAGCUCCACCAGAACCAGCCCCGUCACUAG